CUGCUGCCCGGGGCAGCCUCCCCGGCAACUUCCGAAAGAUUUCCAAGCCGCUGAUGGAGAAAAAGCGCCGGGCACGCAUCAAUGUGUCACUGGAGCAGCUCAAGUCGCUGCUGGAGAAACACUACUCGCACCAGAUCCGGAAACGCAAGUUGGAGAAGGCCGACAUCCUGGAGUUGAGCGUGAAGUACAUGAGAAGCCUUCAGAACUCCUUGCAAGGGCUCUGGCCUGUGCCCAGGGGAGCCGAGCACCCGUCGGGCUUCCGCAGCUGCCUGCCCGGCGUGAGCCAGCUCCUUCGGCGCGGAGAUGAGGUCGGCGGCGGCCUGCGCUGCCCCCUGGUGCCCGAGCGCGCCGCCGGCAGCACCAUGGACAGCGCCAGGCUGGGCCAGGAGGCGCCCGCGCUGUUCGGCCCUUGCACCCUCGCCGUCUGGGCUCCUGCUCCGGCGGCCGGCCGCCCGCGGUCCCCACCACCCCCGCUCCUCGUCCCCGGAAGUCUCCCGGGCUCGUCCGCCAGCGUCCCCCCGCCGCAGCCAGCGUCGAGUCGCUGCGCCGAGAGCCCCGGGCUGGGCCUGCGCGUGUGGCGGCCCUGGUGAAGCCCCGGGGAUGGCCCGAACUGAAGGCGCUCCCUAUUUGGUCUCG